GAGAUGCAGGGCGCCAUGGGGCUACGCUGCACCUGGGACAUCCCGCCACCAGCUGGCACCCAGGGCAAGUGGGUGAGGCUCAAUGUGGGGGGCACCGUCUUCCUCACCACCAGGCAGACCCUGUGCCGGGAGCAGAAAUCUUUCCUGUGUCGCUUGUGCCAGGGCGAGGAGCUGCAGUCGGACCGGGAUGAGACUGGUGCAUACCUAAUAGACCGGGACCCCACUUACUUUGGACCCAUCCUGAAUUUCCUCCGUCAUGGGAAGCUGGUCCUGAAUAAAGAUAUGGCUGAAGAGGGCGUUCUAGAAGAAGCUGAGUUCUAUAACAUUGGUCCUUUAAUCCGAAUAAUCAAGGAUCGACUGGAGGAGAAGGACUACACAGUAACUCAGGUGCCUCCUAAGCAUGUCUACCGCGUGCUACAGUGCCAGGAAGAGGAGCUCACUCAGAUGGUUUCCACUAUGUCGGAUGGAUGGCGCUUUGAGCAGCUUGUGAACAUUGGCUCAUCCUAUAACUACGGGAGUGAGGAUCAGACAGAGUUCCUGUGUGUGGUCUCCAAAGAGCUGUACAACUCCCCCAAUGGCCUGAGCUCUGAGCCCAGCCACAAAGCCAAGCUGUUACAAGCCAGAGGUCUGAGGAUCUGA